AUGCUCACGGUGGCCCAACCUCAGGAUGAGAUAACGGCCUGGUGGUGCUCUGGCCAAAAUACAAGUUCUACAAGUAUCGCCGCGGACGCGUAUGCGAGAGCCGUCGAGUAUUUCGAAAGAGCGUUGGCUGAAACACCGAGUGAAAGAGCAUGGAUCCGUGGCCAGACCUCGCUCGAAGACGUCAAGAAAACGGUCGAGCGGGCACGGGAUUCCUAUGAUGAUCGGUCGGAGCCCCAUGUCGGAGCGAAGAGGUGGAUUGGCGCCUUUGCAGCGAACAUGGCCCGUUAUGGCGCUGUGCUGGACAUCCUCGCCAAUGCCGACCCCCUUCAUGCAGGGCUUGCUUGGGGAGCUAUCAAAUUUAUUUUUGCUGGUGUGUCCAACUAUUCACAACACGCGGCAGAAUUGGCAAAGGCCCUGGCCCACAUUGGCGACGUUCUCCCGCGUAUUCGUGUGGAACUGGCGCUCUACAACACACCUCAGAUGAAAGAAGCCGUGGCUCAGUUGUACGCACAUAUCCUGCUGUUCCUUCAGAGAGCCGUUACGUGGUACACUGCGAAUCGUACCAGGCGCGUCUUGAAAGCCGUCUUCCGACCUUCCCAGCUCCCUUUUCAGGAAACCGUGGCAGACAUCGAACUUUGUGCUAGGAACGUGGAAUUGAUUGCCAGUACUGCGGGCCGUGCCGAGAUCCGUGGCCAGUCAUUUGUCCUGGAAGAGCAGAUUGUACGUCAACGACAGAUAGAGCAACGGUUGUUGGACAUGCAGGCGCAGUUGGAGUUGGUGUCCAUCUCGAGUCAAAAGCACGAGCAGUGCCUGCAACAACUCAUUCAGCAUACCAUGAACAGCCACGACCUCCUGAAAGCCAUCAAACUUGAUGUAGGUGACUCAAAAGCUAUACUCAGUCGCGUGCAGGUCUCCUCAAUUAUCCAAGCCCUGCGUCCUGCGAAACCACCCGAGGACAUUCUCCGCAUCUGCCAGUCUUUCUCGAGACGGCGAGUCUCCUGGCAGCAAAAUGAUCGAGCCACGAUGGUGACAAUCAAAUGUUUGAAGGAAUGGACCCGGCUACCCAGAAGCUCGAUGCUUAUCGUCAGAAGCGCACCGCAAGCUUUGCAACGGACUCUGGAUAUGGUUGUGGAGGUGACAACGCUGCUCAAGUCAUCGUCAUAUCCCAUAUUUUGGUGUAUCUCGGACCCAGGCGAGAGCAAAAAAGCAACCGUUGUCAGUGAUGUCCUCCGCAGCUUGAUUUUUCAAGCUUUCCAGCAAGACCCAUCCAUUCCUUCACGAGAACCGCGGCUUGGUGAUGUCUCAUCCUAUGAGCGCCAGCAUAGCCUGGACGAAUGGGCUAGCAUGGCAACACUCGUUUUCUCCAAAAUAUCGCGUUGUUUCGUUCUCGUCGCAACCGAAGAUUUAUGUCGCCGGAAAGGAAGCAGUUUGGAGUUGCCAAACAAGCUAUACGCAACAUUGAACGCCGUCUUCGAGGGUGCGUCGCGAGACGGUUGUAUAAUGAAGCUUCUGCUAGUCACUUCUGGCAGCUUCACGGUAGCAUACCCAGACCCCCAAGGUCGUGGUCAAAUCGUUGUGACUAUGACCUCCCCUGUGCCAGCAGCCAGACGCUUGCCACGGGCACGGGCACAAGGUGCUACUCUAGGGCGUGCAAUAUCCGUUAUCCGAUCUCGGUAA